AUGGCGGUGAUGGACAUUUUUGUGAACAAAAUGGAUUGGGAGCCUUCUGCCAUUGCCCACGGCCAAUUCUUUUUCAUAAGCCUGGAGAAGAGAAUUAUUCCUCGUGCUUCAGUUCUCCAAAAACCCAGUCUUAGUGCUCACCUUGUUCAAGAACAGUGGCUUCUCAGAAACCGAAAUCUGAAAUCUCAUCAGAAAACUCCCAAACUGCUUUUGGCGAAUCCUGAGGAAACCGUUUUGCCAAAACUUCAGUUUUUUCACUCCGAAGGCUUACCAAGUCCUUAUCUUGCAAAACUUUUAUGUGGGCGACCUACUGUCUUACAAAGGAGCUUGAAAAAUCAUAUAAUCCCUUCCAUUAAUUACCAUAAUAACCUGCUUCAAUCUGGUGAAAAGGCAAUUACUUCUAUUAAAACUUCUCCAGUAAUUGUUCUUCGUGACCUCCAAAUUUUGAUUUCACCUAAAGUCAAUUAUUUGCGAGAUAAUGGUGUACCUGAAUCUAAUAUUGUUAUGUUACUUGGUAAAUGGUCUCUCGUUUGUACAUAUCAGUGUAGUCGUUUUGAAGAGAUUGUGGACUUGGUAAAGGAGAUGGGCAUCAAUCCUAUAAGAUCACAGUUUGUUAUUGUUAUUGCUAUAAUGUUGUUACUUCCCAAAUCUGAAUGGGAUAAGAAGAUUGAUGUGUACAAGAGGUGGGGUUGGUCUGAGGAAGAGAUUCUUAUAACAUUUUGA